AUGCAGAUAGAGUUAGGAAGCUCUCUUCCUCCCGGCGAUCCACACGGAGUAAGCGUAUCACUCCCACUAUGGCAAGAUACCGUGGGCUGGGCAUACCGCGAUGAGAAAGUCUUGGAGAAACUCAACACUGGCUACCCAAGGUUCUUUGUGCCACGAAUAGUCCGCGUCUUGGCCCAGCAAGUCGUGAGGCACAUCUCGAAAUCUGAAUUCGCGAACGUCCUAGCAAAUGUCGAGAACAUUGACGAUCUCGAUGCUUUACUUGUCCCCGGAAAAGCCAUGGCGAUGGUAUGUCUGGAACAUCUCCAGAAGACAACCAAAGAUGAUACUCUCGGUGCCUUUGUGAUCAACUUCUCUGGUGAUAUAAACCCACUCGAAUCCUAUGCUGGAGGAGGUGGAGACGGCACUUCCGAGAUAUUCGCAAUAAUCUUCAGGGGAUCUUCCUCACAAGGAGAGCCCAAAGCACUGUGGCAACAUACCGGCUAUGGAAUUUCCAGCCGAUGUGCUUCACAUUGGUUUUCCACUGCAAUAUGGACAAAAGCCAGCCACAAGCCUGAUGUCGACAUGCCAAUAACGAUGGCGACAGUGAAAGCAAAGACCAAGCUCCGCACACGCAUAGCUGAUCUAGUCUGUUCUGAGAAGCAAACAGUCUAUAGUAAUGAUGUCUGGCUGUUUCAUACCGGUAUGUCGGCCAUUGCUUAUUCUGCAAAUCUCGUGUCUGGAAAUCGAGAGCAAAGGCCCGGUGUGGCCGUGUUUGGGUUCUUGUACGUCGACACCUUCAAGGUCUUGUCCAAAGUCCAUGGUUUCCAGUGCACACUUUACAACGCCUCGGACGCUGACCUGGACCAACUCGAAGCGGACCUCGAGGCAGAUCCAAUGCGGUACGAGGCACUGUACCUCGAAUUCCCAGGCAACCCAUUACUGGCAUCACCGGAUCUGAUCAGAAUCUGGAAGUUAUCGCGCGAGUAUGGGUUCGCAGUCGUCUUGGAUGACACCGUUGGCACUGCUGUAAAUCUCGAUCUGAUCGCUCAUACAGACAUCGUGUGCACCAGCUUAACGAAAAUGUUCAGUGGCGCCUGCAAUGCAAUGGGCGGGAGUCUCGCUCUGAAUCCAAAGUCCAAGUACUACUCCCAGUUCAAAACGACGUUGGACGCGGUGUACCUUGACACGUAUUUCCCGCCUGAUGCAGUGAUCAUGGAGCGCAACAGUGUGGACUUUGCCGAAAGAGUUGAAAAAGCCAACGCUAAUUCCGAGCUUGUCGUUGAGCUGUUGGAGAAGCAUCCAAAAGUGGAACAGGUGUAUUAUCCCAAGGGCAGUCCGUCUCAACCAUACUACGACCGUCACCGGAGGGAAGGAGGCGGCUACGGAUUUCUGCUCUCGAUCGUCUUCGAUAAACCUGCAUCUGCGAUGGCAUUCUACGAUGCGUUAGAAGUAGCCAAGGGCCCGUCUCUGGGCACGAACUUCACCCUGUCUUGCGCUUACACUCUGCUCGCGCAUGCCAGGGAGCUUGAGUGGGCGGCCAAGUAUGGUGUUAUUGAGUACCUGGUGAGGAUCAGUGUAGGAAUCGAGGAUUCGGAAGACCUCCUAGCCCGUGUGAGAAAGGCUCUUGCUGCGACGGAAGAAGCGUCGUAG